AUGGAGGAGACCCUCUCAGGACACCGGCAACGAGCAGUGGAGCUGCCCCCGGUGCAAGCGGCGGGUGAACGCCAAGAAGAAGAUAGACAUCUGGAAACUUCCGCCGGUGCUGGUGGUGCACCUGAAGCGCUUCGAGUACAACCAGAGGACCGCCCCGGCUUAUGCCGCGCUAAGCCUUGCGGAUCUGCGUGCUCCGCUGACCAUGGAUCUCACCGAGUUUGUGACCACUCCGCAGCGGGAGAGCCACUGGUCUACGACGUCAUCUGCGUGGCAAACCACCACGGCCCCUUUGGAUACGGGCACUACACUGCGACGUGCAGGCACCCGAUCGACGGGCGGUUUUACCAUUUCAAUGACGAUGUUGUUGAGGAGCUGGUGGAUGAUCGUGAUGUUCUCAGUGCAAAGUCAUACGUCCUGUUCCUGAUGCGCCAGCCAGCUUCAGAGGCGCUCCGCAUCCACGCGUGUUGCGUGCCCCGCCAUCUCACGUGGUCACCGCAGUUGAGGAAGACCUGUCUCAUGGGGCCGACUGGACGGUCGUGA